GUCCCGUCCAUUUACCCACACCCACCAGCUGAACCGGACGACGACUGAUGAAGAGACGAGACGACGACGACGAGAGCGACAAAGGAUUGCGACUAGACGCCUUCUGGGCAGGGGAAUUGGCCAACUCACCACACUGCGAGUCCCAAAAACGGUGGGAGGUUUACAGCCAGGCGGAGUGAAAGAGCCGGCAAGCCUCCCCAAACCUUGGCAGGCCCCGUACACGCACUCUUUCGCUCGCGUUGCCAAAUGAGCCGACCACGCCGCCGUCGCGCGCCGCCAUUCUUCGAUACGACGAUCAUUGAGACGCACUGACGCCCGAAACACCUUGCCACGUUAUCCCGACGACUACAACCCAAAAACUACUACGUAGGAGCAAUCAUUAGCGGGCGGGCUCUUUGCAUGAGUGCUAGCUACUGGCACUCUCCAAAACCAAGAGUGACAACCCUACACGCUUCCCUACCGGACGAAAAAAAAAAAAAAAUCAUCGACGACUCAGACCUCCUCGCUAUAGAGCCUCGCCGGCUCCACGUAUGAGGGGGACCAUCCCUCCCCCUCGCCUGCCAUCAUGAUGCUUUGGCGCAAACCGCCGAACGUCGCCGGCACCUCUGCAAACGCACUGUUUGCCUUGUUGCUGGUGGCGAGCGGCGGCUGUCUUUUUGGACAUGAUACUGGUGUGAUAAAUGGAGUAAUCGCAAUGACGAGCUUCAAGGAUCAGUUUAAUCCAUCGACCAGUCAAUCCUCUCUGAUUGUGGCUAUAUUGAGCGCCGGCACCUUUGUCGGAAGCUUGGUAUCAGCACCACUGGCCGAUUUUAUAGGCCGUCGAAAGGCGCUGCACAUUGCCAUAGGUGUCUUUUGUCUGGGAGUUGUGUUUCAGGUCUGCUCCUCCGAUAUACCAAUGCUUUUGGGGGGAAGAUUCGUUGCCGGAGUCGGCGUGGGAUUGAUAUCGGUUCUUGUCCCGUUAUAUCAGUCGGAAAUGGCACCAAAGUGGAUUCGAGGCACAAUGGUGUGCGCAUAUCAACUUUUUAUCACACUGGGGCUCCUUGCAGCUUCAGUCAUCAACAUCAUUACCAGCGACAUACCUGGUCCGGCUGCGUACCGUAUACCUCUUGGCCUUCAACUUGUGUGGGCCUGCGUCCUUAUGAUGGGACUUCUCAUCCUACCAGAAACUCCUCGCUACCUCAUUAAGCGAGGCUUGGAUGCCGAGGCGGCACUGUCACUCAGCCGACUCCGCCGCCUCGACAUUACUCAUCCAGCUUUGAUCGAAGAGCUGGCCGAAAUCAAGGCCAACCACGAAUAUGAGCUUGCCCUAGGCCCUGACACAUAUAAAGAUGUGUUCUUCGGUUCUCCCCACCUUGGUCGCAGGACCCUGACGGCGUGCGGCCUACAGAUGUUGCAGCAGCUGAGUGGAGUCAACUUUAUCAUGUACUACGGUACAUGGUUCUUCAAGGGAGCAAUGGUAGACAACCCUUACCUCAUCUCUUGCAUUAUGAAUAUUGUCAACUUCAUUUCGACGCUUCCUGGCCUGGUUGUCGUCGAAUCAUGGGGACGCCGGAGACUUUUGAUUGUCGGGGCGAUCGGCAUGUCAAUCUGCCAACUGUCGGUCGCUUCCUUCACAGCAGCUACCAAGCACUUAGAUGGCUCAGGCGGAUCAUCCAGCACACUACAGAACCAGGUCUUGGUCACAUUUGUUGCCAUAUACAUAUUUUUCUUUGCCGCCUCGUGGGGACCUGUUGUUUGGGUCGUUACAGCCGAGAUAUUCCCGCUCAAGGUGCGCGCCAAGUCAAUGUCGGUGUCGACGGCGUCAAAUUGGCUGCUCAACUUUGGCAUCGCCUACAGUACCCCUUAUAUGGUGGACACUGGGUAUGCCAGUCUAGGUCCGCUCAUCUUCUUCGUUUGGGGGGCCUUUUGCAUAGUGGGCAUCUUCUUUGUUUACUUUAUGGUAUACGAGACGAGCAAGAUCAGUUUGGAGCAGAUCGAUGAAAUGUACGAACGUGUCACGGUGGCUUGGAAGAGCCGUGAUUUCGAGCCGAGCUGGAGUUUCCAGCAAAUGCGGGACCUUGGCUACUCUGACAGCGGGAUACCGCCUGAGGAGAGCAACGAGUUGCAACAAACAGCGACGACGCAAUCUGAGACUGCCUCGAGCGGGAUGGCGCCGUCGAAUGGGGAUAGUAAAUCGAUACCAACAAUGGGUAAUGUCGAUUUCAGUUAUUAAGUUUCUAUUUUGGGUUUGGCUUUCUUGGUCUCAUUGGUUCGUCUUUUUUUUUUUCUCUCUUUUUUUUUUCUAUUUAAGUGGUUCUAUAGUCUCAGCCUAUGCUUGGGUAGGUGACCUUUUUGGUUAUCUAGGCAAUAUCAGACGCUUG